UAUUAAUUUAGUUUUGUGAAUGACUAGUUACUAUUUCGAUUGAUCAUAAUGAUGAUAAGAACCUAUAGCUUCGACUUUACUUAAAGUAUUCAUAUUAAAACUUAUUUUUGAUUAAUUACAUAACGAAACUCCUAACAAAUCACCACCUUCAAUAAUCGCAAAUUAAGCAACAUGACUUUACCCGAUCUUGUGUCCAGUCUGUCGUCGAAUCCCUAUUUUGGGGCUGGUUUCGGAUUGUUUGGAGUGGGUGCUGCUGCUGCGAUAUUGCGAAAGGGUCUUCAGGGUGGAUUAAUCCUGUUCCGGCGACAUUGUAUGAUUACUCUGGAGGUGCCAUGCAGGGACAAAUCCUAUCAGUGGUUGUUGAAAUGGAUCACAAUUAGAGGAGCUCGUAAAACACAGCACUUGAGCGUGGAGACGAACUUUGUGCAGAACGACAAUGGAACGAUUAAAACCAGCUAUGACUUCAUACCCAGCAUCGGUAAGCACCUGUUCCAGUACAAAGGCAACUGGAUUCAGGUGGAGCGAACCAGGGAGCAGCAGACAUUGGACCUGCACAUGGGAGUUCCAUGGGAAACGGUGACCCUCACAGCAUUUGGCAACAAUAAGGCUAUUUAUUUCGACAUUUUGGAAGAGGCUAGACACUUGGCUUUGGAAGCCACUGAAGGGAAAACGGUGCUAUACACAGCUAUGGGUGCGGAAUGGAGACCGUUCGGUCAUCCUCGAAGGAGGCGUCCCACUGGAUCGGUGGUCCUGGAUCGUGGAACGUCUGAAAGAGUCAUUGCCGACUGUCAGGACUUCAUCAAGAGUUCUCUGUGGUACACUCAGCGCGGAAUUCCUUACAGGAGGGGAUAUCUUCUAUACGGGCCUCCGGGUUGUGGGAAGUCUAGCUUUAUUACUGCAUUGGCAGGUAAACUCGAGUACAGCGUUUGUUUGCUUAACUUAUCUGAAAGAGGCCUCACCGACGACCGACUCAAUCACCUGUUAAACGUGGCACCAGAACAAAGUAUCAUCCUGCUGGAGGAUAUUGACGCAGCAUUUGUCUCCCGAGAAGCAACUCCACAGCAAAAGUCCGCUUUUGACGGCUUGAACAGGAUUACUUUCAGUGGCCUACUAAAUUGUUUGGAUGGAGUGGGUUCCACAGAAGCCAGAAUUGUCUUCAUGACAACAAAUUAUAUAGACCGCCUAGAUCCCGCCUUAAUUCGACCUGGAAGAAUAGAUUUAAAGGAAUACAUAGGCUACUGUACGCAGUAUCAAUUGGAAGAAAUGUUUAAAAAUUUCUUUGCCAACGGUGACACCACAAAAGCGGAGGAAUUCGGAAAACGUGUGGAUUCCUUUGGUCGUCCUGCAAGUCCUGCUCAAAUUCAGGGCUUUUUCAUGAAACAUAAGUUAUCCUCCCCACAAACAGUUAUUGAUUCCUGUGAAGACAUCUGGGAAAAUGUUUUAAGCCCCAAUAAAAAAAAUAAUUGAACCAUC